AUGACACAGAAUCACUUUACAAACAAUGAUCCUCGCAUUACUGGUGAAGGAAAUAGAUCCCUGAGCCCUCAUCAUGUCAAUCGCGGAGAUCAGUUCAAUCAAGUUUCCAUGGAACCUGACAUUUUAAGACAAGAUGCCCAGACGGAGAUAUCUAAUGAGAGACCGACAGUGAUCAGUUUGGAGAUUCAUGAAAACAAGCUGGCUAUCGUGGGAGCAAUUAUCCCAUUCUCUGUUCUAGGUGUCUUGAUCCGAAUUGGUCUCCAGAGAUUAGAAACUUACCCUGGUGCACCUGUAUUUGGUUUGGUGUAUGCUCAGUGGGUAGGAUGCUUUAUAAUGGGUAUUGCAGUUGAAAAUAAGAAUGCGAUUCAUAAAUGGCAGAUAGGUCUAUCUUCUGGGCUUUGUGGAUCGAUUACUACAUUUUCGUCAUGGCAAUUGGACAUUUUCAAGGGAUUUUCAAAUUAUUAUUUCAAUCCACACACAAGAGGAUACAAUAUUCUGGAUGCAAUAUCUCAAUUGCUUGUAACAAUGGCCAUAUCAUUCAACGGAUUUGUUUUUGGGCAGCAUGCUGGGCACCUGGUUGAGUGGUUGGUGAAAAAGAUAAGCCCAACAAAGGUAUGCAAAGAAGAGAUAAAGAUCAUACCCCGUGGAUUUGCAUUGGAUUAUCUGAGUGCCCCAGACUACAGUGUGAUUGGGUUCGGUAUUUUGUGCUGGCUGGGUGUUAUUUUUGCAGCCAUUUUCACACAAAAGCAAAAGGAAUUAGCAUUGGCCUGUGUAUUUGCUCCUGUUGGGGCUCUUUUGCGCUGGUAUUUGUCCUUUUAUAAUAUAUACAGAGCACAACGUUUUCCACUUGGUACGUUUAUUGCAAACAUAUUCGGGACUGCUGUACUGGCUGCACUAGCUUUAUCUCAAUCCGGCCCUGUAAUGACUUCUAUAUCUUGUACUGUUGUACAGGCACUUGCUGAUGGCUUUUGUGGUAAGGAGUAUAAUACUUUUCAAAUACAAAACGCUAAAAUCAGUCUAUUAGGAUGUCUUACCACGAUAUCCACAUUUAUGGUAUGAGUACAUACACAUCUAGCCAAAAUAUAUAAGUGUCGACUAACACAUAAAUAAUAUGUCGCUAUUUUUCUUUUUUAGGUUGAACUGAAAGGUCUUUCUCUACGCCGCAGUUAUGUCUAUGGUAUUACUACUGUAGUCAUAGCCCAGUGUUUGAUGUUUAUUAUUCUUGGCCCUUAUAUUUGGACAAAGGGAGUUAACCAGAUGUGUAUUUAGUAUUUAGUAUUUAGUAUUUAUAUAUUUACAUGUUAUUCAUAAUCAUAGAGCUUUUUGACAAGACCAUUGUACAUUUUAAUAUUUAGAUAUAAUAUGUUAGUAGAAUAUCCCAACAAAUAAACACUAUCUUCAUCUUUACAAUUAUAAUU